AUGAUCACAGAGGAAAAAACACAAGACCUCUCCGCAAAGCGACAGAGUAUCUUUGCCCGGACGCACCCUCUUCGGCCAUUCAGAACUGUUGCCAUGGCCAGAGACACACUUGCACAAUGGGACAUGACGGACGUGGGCAUUGUGAAUGUCAGAGGGAUACCUAGGUAUUUGCCGCCCCGGACGGGAUACAGUGCAUCACCCCGGAGCUUCUUAGACCGCUCGAUCCACCUGCGGCCAUCUUCCGAAAACACCACCAAACUAAAAUUCGACACAUACAAGGCAGAUGAUACUUUGGGAUCGGCCUCUCCGUCACAUUUGCACCGCAAACAUCCACCAAGCGGCCGUGCUUACUCCGACACCAUUGGUUAUGUCCCGCCGAAUAUCGGAUUUCCAUAUCAGAACUGGGGUUAUCACCACGCCAGCCAAGCCCCGAAAGGAUCUUGGGGCAGGAGUUGCUGCUCGACCAAGGCGGCGGGUGAAAAGCCAACAACGGCAAGACACCACAUCGGGCCUUCGUAUUGGAAGGUGUGGCAGGCCGAGAUGCUUGGCAAGGUCUUGGCCUGCCAGCGGAGUAGCAUCGCAUCUGUUCACCCCGCGUGGGACCCCUGUGAGACCUUCUGGGUGGACUACUACUGCGCAAUGGCUUCCAAUGAGCCCGCGGAACCGAUUCCAAAGGGCAUCGUCGCGACCGCACGCCAGUCUUUUGCGGAUCUUUUUGUCUGGAAACAACGUGUGGAAAUCACUAACGAGUUUGGUGAGACUCGCGCGGAAUGGCAGGCUCCAGAACCUAUUCAGAAUCCCAUCGGUCUGAUGGCACAACUUUCUGCUCGAGACUGGGUCUUCUUCCUCGUCGGACUUGCCGCGUGGACAGCCGAUGCAUUUGAUUUCCAUGCGCUGUCAAUCCAGACAAAGAAGCUUGCGGAUUACUAUGGUCGCUCAAAGACUGACAUCUCAACCGCGAUCACGCUAACCUUACUCCUGCGAAGUGUCGGGGCUGCCUUUUUCGGAUUCGCUGGUGAUAAGUACGGUCGCAAAUGGCCCAUGGUGCUGAACAUGAUUGUACUCGGAAUUCUGCAAAUUGCGACCAUCUACAGUCGGACUUUUCAGCAAUUUCUAGCAGUCCGAAGUCUCUUUGGCCUGUUUAUGGGUGGAGUUUAUGGAAAUGCCAUUGCCAUGGCGUUGGAGCACUGCCCAGUGAAUGCCAGAGGACUCAUGUCUGGAAUUCUGCAGCAAGGGUACUCGCUUGGAUAUGUGUUGGCGGCAUGUGCCAAUCUUGGAGUCGGCGGCUCCACGGACAGCUGGAAGACCGUUUUCUGGGCGGCAGCGGGAAUCUCCAUUGGUAUCGGCAUCAUUCGCAUCUUCUUUCCCGAGUCGAAACAGUUUAUUGAGGCGAAAAAGGCAGGAAAGAGGAACAUGAGCGCUGGCGAAUUCGGCAAAGAGAUCAAACUGAUGCUGGCCAAAGAAUGGAAGAUGUGCGUUUAUUGCGUUUUCCUCAUGACUUGGUUCAACUACUACUCCCACACCUCACAAGACUCAUACACCACCUUCAUGCUCACGCAAAAGAAAAUGAACAAUUCCGGGGCUUCAAGAGCGUCGAUCUUGAUGAAAACUGGGGCCUGUGUCGGGGGAACAGUCAUCGGCUACCUAUCACAGUUUGUCGGACGGCGCCGCGCUAUUGUCGUGGCGGCCCUGAUCUCGGCACUUCUCAUUCCUGCGUGGAUCCUGCCAACUGACGAAGCAUCGCUCAGUGCCAGCGGCUUCUUCAUGCAGUUCUUUGUCCAAGGUGCAUGGGGAGUUAUUCCAAUCCAUCUGAACGAGCUCUCCCCACCUGCCUUCCGAUCAUCUUUCCCAGGAAUUACAUACCAGGUUGGUAAUAUGAUCAGCUCGCCUUCGGCGCAGAUUGUGAAUGCGAUUGCCGAAUCUACAUGGAUCAGCAUCCCGUCAGGGGGCCGGGCUUCGGCCUACGGUCCGGUCAUGGGUAUUGCGACUGCGAUCAUUGCCGUCGGAAUCAUCAUCACCACGGCUCUGGGGCCAGAGAAGCGCGGUCGCCGAUUCGAGCUCGUUGUCAAUGCAAUUGAUGAGCAUGCCAGUGCGAAGACUGUGGACCUGGAGCAGGGCGAGGACCACAAACCUCGGGAUGAGGUAAUUGAAAUGGCUGAUCAGAAAAGAUAG